GCCGAGAGCCGGUCAGCUGUAUGGAGGCUCGAGCUAGCGGUCGGCCUUAGGCCUCAGUUGGCGAUAAUCUGAAAAUGGUCAUACAGCUAUUGAAAUGUUCCUAUUAUCGUAUUGUAACAAGAUCGCAAUAUUAACUCUAUCGAUGAAUGGAGGAUUAUAUUAUUUACAAGAUGGGAGCUAAUAUUUCACAACUAGAAAGGGAUAUCGGAUCUGAUCAGUUUCCUCCAAAUGAACAUUAUUUUGGACUUGUCAAUUUUGGAAAUACUUGCUACAGCAACUCUGUUCUUCAAGCUCUUUAUUUUUGUAAGCCAUUCCGAGAGAAAAUAUUAGAAUAUAAAGCACGUAAUAAAAGAACUAAAGAGACAUUGCUGUCCUGCCUUGCUGAUUUAUUUCAUAGUAUUGCGACACAAAAGAAAAAAGUUGGUUCAAUAGCUCCAAAAAAGUUUAUAGCCAGGCUGCGGAAGGAGAAAGAGGAAUUUGAUAAUUAUAUGCAACAGGAUGCUCAUGAAUUUCUGAAUUUUCUUAUUAAUCAUAUUAAUGAAAUAAUUCUUUCUGAGAGAAAUCAAAAAGUGAAACCAGGUGAAGAAGAUGGUAAUUCCAACAGUCCACCUGAGCCCACAUGGGUUCACGAGAUAUUUCAAGGAAUCCUCACUAGUGAAACACGGUGCCUAAAUUGUGAAACGAUGAGCAGCAAAGAUGAAGAUUUCUUUGAUCUUCAAGUUGAUAUCGACCAGAACACCUCAAUAACCCACUGUCUUCGGUGUUUUAGCAGUAUGGAAACAUUAUGUGGUGAUAAUAAAUUUAAAUGUGACCAUUGUUCGAGCUAUCAAGAAGCCCAGAAAUGCAUGAGGGUCAAGAAAUUACCUAUGAUUUUAGCUCUUCACUUAAAGCGUUUCAAGUACAUGGAACAAUACAAUAGACAUAUCAAAGUGUCCCAUCGUGUAGUGUUCCCAUUAGAGCUUCGAUUGUUUAAUACAUCAGAUGAUGCAGUAAAUCCAGAUCGCAUGUACAAUCUUGUAGCUGUUGUCGUUCAUUGUGGCAGUGGCCCUAAUAGAGGCCAUUACAUUAGCAUUGUGAAAAGUCAUGACUUUUGGCUGUUGUUCGAUGAUGACAUGGUAGAUAAAAUUGACCAGUCAGCAAUAGAUGAUUUCUAUGGAUUAACAUCUGAUAUUCAAAAGUCUUCUGAGACAGGUUAUAUUCUGUUUUAUCAAUCAAGAGAUACAGCAGAUACCAAAGGUUCAAGCAUUCAUGAAGCAAAAGUGAAUGGUAAGUAGUUUAUAAAUUAGAUGUUAGAAGCCAAAGUGAUCAAAAUUUUAAUAUAAAGUUAAAUAUUAGUGAAAAAAAUUAAAACAGUAUGUAUAAAUAUGUACAAAAUUAAAUAACUUGUAUAUCCCGUCUUUACAUUGUACAAAUUUACCACUGCUAUAUUUUUAUAGAUAAAAAUAUACUGAACUAUUUAAAGCAUAUUUGCGUAAAUAGUAAAAACACCUAAUAGCAAAAUAUUACAGUACUGUUAUAAAAUCUUGCUUAAAUGAAUCAUUCAAACAUUCACAUUAUCUUAUAUUCCCACCCUCCUUAAAAAUUAAAAAUAAUAAAUAAAUAAAUGAUUGAAAUGGCACCACUGUACAAUAGGGCCCCAAAAGUAAAGAAGUAUUGAUAUUCCUUCCCUGUGAUACUUAAUUUAUGUUAGUUUAAUUUGGCAUGUAUUAUAUCUUUAAUAGGUAUCUCUACGUGUUUAUUUCCAAUAAAAAAACUUUUAAUUACCAAAUUCUUUAUAAUCUGUACAUUUUUGCUACUUUUCCAUCUGUGUAUACAUGUAUAUAUACAUAUACAUACAUUAUAUAAUUUUUUUAAAUAUUUGUAAGUUCAGUCUCUGUAAUCUGAAAAAAGGAAAUGUUCAUAUUUAAAAAAAAGAUCCGAAGAAAACCCCAAAGUCGUUUUCAAAAUACAGUAAUGUGAAAAUAAUCCAGGUUUUUUGAAAAUGUUUUAUGUAUUGCAGAACUAUAACUGAGAAACUUUUUUGGAUCAGUCCCAAAUUCGGAUUACCGAGACUGCGCCAUAUCUAAUAGUAUCAUUUUGACACUUUUUACUAAUUAUUUGUAUUUUUUAGUUCUUUACAUAAAUUUGUGAUUAUCUAGUUUCAAACUUUAUCUUUAUAUCGUAAAUUUGGGAGGUUUUAUGAAAAAAGAAAUAUGUCGCUAUUGUGUUCAUAUUAGUCAAAAUUUGUUAAUUUUUACUUGUUUCAUAUAUUAAAAUUGUUGUUAAUUAUAGUUUUUCAUAUUUGAUAUGAUAAUAUCUGUCAUUAACCAAUGUAAAGAUUUUUGUUUAAAUGAUAGGAUUACAAUUUGUAAGCAAUAAAUAAUUAUUUAAGUUGAAUUAGCAGGAUUUAA